UACGAGCUACGCAUGCGCGAAAUCAGUGAGCCUACGUUCAUGCAUCGGCUGACCACAGGCAGCCAUUUUGAUCAGUAAAAUUUCGUUUUUCUUAGAAAGUUCCAUACUCUACAGGAGGUACGUGUAACUUUUUUAUGUUUCUUAUAAUUAUCACUAUUUUCUGAGCCAAAAGAUAAUUUUCUUGUGUUACGUUUUAGCCUGUUAUGGCUGAUUGUAAUGACAAGGGCCCCCCUGAAGGCUCGUCGAUUAAGUCAGCUAACGGUGACGUGUUUUCACCCGAGUCCAUCCGCACGGCGGUAUUGGCCUCUAACGCUGCGAAUAAGAAGGAUAAGGCUCAGAAACCAAGCACGGCUGGUACUAGUGAUGUGAAUUUUGCCAGCACGGCUGGUGAAGUUCAGGGGCUAGAAAACUUUGUGAUACCUAAAUUAACAAAAACUAGAUCGGGUUUGAGUAGUUCCGGUAAUAAUAAGAUUGAUUCUCAGACCCAGUCCCACAUGUACGACAUGAGCAAUCAAGCCCAACAAGAGGCUAAGGCAGGGCCUGCUAAGCCAAAACGAGGGAAAAGCAAGACAAAUAAAGACCCCAAAUCAAGUGCUAUUGGUGGUAAAUCAUGCAAGUCGAGUGGUGUUUCCCCUCCUGCAGCUACAGGAACCUUGGCCCCGGGCAAUUCUGUGAAUGAAAGUAAUGAAAAGAGGUUUCAAAGUCUAGAAAGGGCACUUGAGAAACAGAAUGCUAUGUUAGAGAAGCUCUGUAACAACAUAUCACAUACUAGUAGUAGUAGCACGAUUGAGAGUCAGGAUGUAAAUGUUAAUGCCCAGGGGCAUGAGGGGGCACAAAGUCAAGUUUCAGAUCAGUAUAUGGAGGGAAUGGACCCCGAGGAAGGGAGUUUUGUACCAGAUUAUGAGUAUCCUUAUGACUAUGGCGAAGAUGGAUAUAUUUUCUCCCUCUCAUCUGCUCAAGCUGGUGCUGAGCAGGUAGACCCUGCCCCUACUAUUAGUCCCAGUCACAGUGUAGUUGAAGAUGAAGUAGUCAUGACAACAGGGCAUGAUGGGGACUCUGUUGCUACCCCUAUGGUGGCAAAGGGUUUUGCAGCCCGUUUUCAAGCUCAAGCCCCUAUGGGACCAGUUGUGAAUAAAGAACUAGCAGAUAGUCUGAACAUUAUGCUGUCAGAGCGCAUGGGCCUGGAAAAUAUGGGUGUACUCAUGGACAAGUAUGUUCCACCCAAGAAUGUGCCAAACCUGGUAGUACCCAAGGUUAACCCCUUAAUCUGGGAUAAUAUCCCGGCAAAAACAAAAUCCAAAGAUUUGAGGCUUCAGAAACUCCAAAAGCCCUUAAUCAAAGGAAUGAUUGCUGUAACAGAGCUUAUGAAGGAUAAGACUACCCCAGAACAGGAAGAGGCAAUUGCACUACUGGCACAUGCUAACAAUGAAAUAAACAUGUUCCGAAGGGAGUCCAUUAAGCCAGACCUCAAUCCAAAAUUCCAACCACUCUGUCGAUCCGACGUGAAGGUAACAAAACACCUUUUUGGUGAAGACCUGGGAAAAGUUGUGAAAGAUAUGACAGAACAACAAAAGGCAGUGUCUGUUACCAGGCUAGGUUUCCACAAAGUCAAGGAUGAAAAUCAAGGUCAGAGGUUUGCUCCAUAUCCAGGCAACUUCACUAGGCCAGCCUACAGAGGGAGGGGCCGUGGUAAUCAGAACUCUCCCUUCACACCCUCUUUUUUAGGCAUGCAGACCAGAGGGCAUGCAUUCCACCUGCGAGGCAGGGGGAGAGGAGUAGUCAUGAGAGGCCAGAAGAGAAUGAGAGGACUCAAGGCACCAGCCACACAGUCCAGGCCCCCUUACUAGAACCCAUUUCGAACAAGACAGAUGAUGAGAUUAUCUUGGAAUCGCUCAAAGCAAGAGGCAUUCCAGAAGGAGCUCGCUCAGUCAUCUUGGCUUCAUGGCGACAGUCUACAAGGAAGCAGUACAUGUCCUACAUCAGGCGAUGGAUUCAGUUUUGUAAUAGGAGAUCGACUAAUCCGCUGCAGACACAUGUCUGUGAGAUUUUAGACUUUCUUACAAACCUAAUGCAUAAUGGCGUGGGAUAUAGUGGCAUUAAUACUGCAAAAUGUGCUAUUGGAAGCUUUACUCUGGUGCAAGGAGGGAAAUCAAUAAAGGAUGAUCAGAUAAUAUCGAGGUUUAUGAAGGGAAUUUUCAACCUGAAACCACCGAGGCCUCGUUAUUCAGACAUCUGGGAUGUUGGCAAGGUGUUAGACUACAUUCGCUCCCUCCCAAUUAAUUCUGACAUUUCCCUGCAUGACUUAACCUUGAAACUUUGCUUGCUAAUACUCCUGAUAUCAGCACAGAGAAUCCAAACACUUCAUCUUUUGAGAAUUGACAUGCUAGACUUGCAGAAAGAUCGGGCAAACUUUGUGAUAACAGAAUUGUUGAAGCAGAGUCGACCAGGCAACAGUGGGGCGACUAUUUGUUUACUGGAGUACCCUCAUGACAAACGACUAUGUGUUGUAGAAACUCUGAAGCAAUAUUUGUCAAAGACAGAAUCACUACGUAGAGGAGAAAAGCGGCUCUUCGUCAGUUACAAAAAACCUCAUUGUGGUGUAUCAAAGGACACAAUAGCUCGCUGGGCUAAAGAAGGAUUGUCCCGGUCAGGAAUUGACACUACAAAAUUCAAGCCUCAUUCUACGCGGGCAGCCUCAACGUCUGCAGCUGAAGCUAGGCACGUCCCCGUUUGUGAGAUUAUGUCGAAGGCUGGAUGGUCAUCGGAGAACACUUUUCGUACUUUCUAUCACAAGCCAGUAGAGAACACACUUGUAGAUACUUUCCAAAAAGCAGUGUUAGAAGCCUGAUGAUUUAUUGGAUAUUUUGAUUCAUCAAGGAUUAUUUUAGGACAUGUGAGAAGACUUGAGGCUCGGAGGCCAAGCCUUAGUAACUUCAGUUUUGCGUUUCUAAUUAUGACAUAAGGAUCAGGACAAUGGAACAGUAAAAUGUACUCUUGAUAAUGCAGAGAGGCAUUAGUUAAUGAACUCCAACAAGCUUGGUAUGGACUGACCCAAUUUUUAUAGGGUUACUGAUGUUUUUAAUUUUACAACAUAAUGCGAUAAUGUUCACAAGUUGUGAUAAUGUUCAUAAGUUCUUGUAAUGAAAAAUAAAUUUACAGGACAUUUGAGGCAUUCAUCAGAAA